UUGAACGCGGGCGGCGCGCCGCCAUCUUGGGUGAGGCUCUUCCUUUCCCAGUUUCAAAGCGCGAGAGAUCCCGGGGCGGGCAGGUUAGCUCUGUCCCGUGGUUGCCCUCACUAAGCAUGGCUGCCGGCGUUCCCCGUCUUUAGGGGGAGUGAGGCAAUCGGCUGGAAGAGGCGGCAGCGAGCACCUCUCGGGGCGGGCAGGUUUCAUGAGUCAGACUGGGCUGUGGGGAGCUGCUCCUGAAGAUGUACAUGUUCAUUGAAACCCGCACAAGUUCCCUUCUUCAUCUGACGAGGUCACCUGGCAUCAGGUCUUGGUCUGUCUUUGUUGGAAUAGCCUCCAUAGGUUUGGCUGCUGCUUAUUACAGUGCAGACAGCUUGGCAUGGAAGCUCUUCUACAUGGCUGGAUGCUUCUUUGUGGCAGCACAGAAUCUGGAGCAGUGGGAGGAAGCUGUAUUUGACAAGAACAAGGGAACAGUCUGCCUAAAAACAUUCAAUCUUUACAAAAAAAUACUGACCUUCUCAAAAGGAGGCAGUGAACAAGUGGUUGCUCUACUGCAUGAGAUCAGAGAUGUGAAUGUGGAAGAGGAGACCGUGCGAUAUUUUGGGAAGGGUUACCUGGUUGUGCUACGAUUUAUCACUGGAUUUUCACACCCACUGACUCAGAGUGCUGUGCUGGGCUGCAGAAGUGAUGUGGAAGCAGUUGCCAAGCUCGUCAUCAGUUUUCUGGAAUUGGACAGAGCAGAGAGCCAUGGAGAUCUCUAUGAGAGCAGCGAAACAGAGGCUAGUGAUGCUGAUGAGCCACAGGAUGAAUAUUAAUAGUCAUGAGCUGAAGAAAGCAGAGACAUUCAAAGAUCUGGAAAUGACAGAUUGGUUGUUCUUCAUAAAGAAAUUCCUCAGUCUUGACUUGGGCAUUUCUCUACAUGUGCAUUUACAGUGGGAGGAAUCUGUCUUAGGGCACCUUCUUUAGUGCUAAACUGCUUCAAGAUCUGUGCUCCCCAGAUUGCCAUUGUAGAGUUGAAAGCAAAUUGUCUUGGUUCAUGGAUGUGGACACAGCUGUCUUUUGAACUUGUCAAAAUUGUCUAGGAGUAGUUAUUUAUUAUUGUACUGGUUUAAAAAUGUACUUUCCCAUUAAUGAAUUGGAGUUAUAGGCGUAAGCUUCCACUUCCUACAAGGAUCUACAGGUACAGUAUCUGAAAUGCAGAAUAGCUGAAUUUAACUCAAAACGCAAUGCUCUGAGGUUUUUGAAAUAUUGUAAAUGAGUGAAUAUAAUGCUAAAUUGAUCUUAAGCAGCUUAAUAUAUGCACUAAGGUGAUGCAGGGUAGUGGCACUUUUAUAUUCUCUACUACUGACUUGCCGUUAGAUACCAGUGGCAAUCAUGAGUGUUGGUCUGGAAUUUUAAACAUCAGGUUGCUCAGCUUGUUACGGUCUUAUUUUUCUUGGAAUCGCUAAGGAGCCAUAACUAAGAACCAAAAAAUGAUCAUGUUGGUCAUUCACUGCCUUUGACAUGUUCUGUUCAACUUCUGGGCAUAGACUACCCAAAGAAUAGCCUUAUUCUAGACUGUUUACUCUUUUAACUGUGUAUUUAGAAAGGAAGAAAACACACAUUCCUUCAGGUAGGGAAAAGACUGAUGUCAGACACCAUGGCAGCCUACGUUUGUUAAGUAUUUUGCUGUAGUAAUGAGGGGGUAAAUAAUAACUUAGGUGUGUUUUUUUGUUUUUUUUUUUAAGAUAGCUGGGCCGAGUGUUUGGCUUGGGCCCACGUGUUACUUGUGUACUGUCUUCUGCUCUGACCGAUGGUUUCACAGAUGGUUAAAAUUAUGAAUUUUCCAAGGUACUUGAUGAAGUAAAAGCUACCUCUUUUAGUCAGCACGUUCUGUCUAGAACUAAAACUUCAUUGUGCCUCUAUCAAUGUGCCGGUACUGCAAGUACAGAAACUGUAAGAGCUGAAAGUUCCUUCCACGUGCUAGAAUUGCUUGUAUUCAAGUUUACCAACUUGUGUUAGGAGUUGCAUGGAGUUAGACCUGAAUUAGAAAACAUUGGUCGUUUCCUCUGGGAGAUCUGAGUAGACUACAGGGUGUCAGAGUGGCUUGCUUCCAUGCCAGCAGUUAAAUGGCAGCUGGCAUCUGUUUCUUCAGGACUGAACCUGCAUUCCUGUUUAAAAACACUCUACCUCUAAAGAAGCGAAAGCUACGAAAUGAUUUCAGUUGCACGUUCCAUUGGUAACUGAAGCUGUGUACAUCCACCUGACCAAAGAACAGGUUGAUUCCGCUUCAGCCAUUUGUGUCUGUGAGACCAGUGUGCUCUUGUUGCUGGUUUGAAAGGAUCAUCCAGGUGUAACGGAGCUGCUGCUGAUGCAGCUUGACUGUGGCACAGAACCAGGUGUGUUAGUAUUAAAUAAGAAAAACUCGUAAUCGUGUCAGGUAUCAAAACAGAGCUCUGCCAGCAGACGUGCUCUUGAAGUACUCCCAGUUUGCUGGCUGAUGACGUUGACUUUCAAUCUCUACCUCCCAUCACUAGAUUUGGGAAGCUACCAUGUACAAAAGUGGGGGAAAAAUAGGCUGCAGGUAAUUAACCAAAUUUGACCUUUAUUCUGCAGAAAGAUGUAAACUACAAACCAUCAAAUCUUUUAUAUUCUGCAGUUUUUUUAAUGCUUCAGAGAGAUUUUUGUUUAAAUCUAAUACAUACCCUCAGUAACACUCAUUCUGGAGAGGAGAAUGAGACUGAAUUUGGAAGAACUGUUUUUUCAUCACUCUGUAAAAUGAGUUUGGAAUGUUCUAAAGACUUCCAGUAGGAAGUAGUGUAAAAACAAAGUAUUUAAGGGUAUAACGUAAGCAAAAGCUCUACUACCUGCAAAUACCUUCUUUGUAGCAAAGAUAUUUAGAGGAGUACCUGGUAUGGCUGUGCAUUGCACUUAAUCUUCCAAGCCUGGAGGUUUGAGCACUAAGUGGAUAAAAUGGACAAAACAACCUGCGUUCAAUCUUAGUUACACUGAGUUUCUUUUCUGUUUCCAUGAGAGGUAACGUCAUGGGGAAAAUACAAAUAAUGCUGUGGUUUUUCAGUUAAAAAUCAGGUUUUUAUAGAAGUAUUCAUACUGAUCUAAUUUUAAACUGUAUGCUGCGUCCUGCUUCAGCUGAGCUCUUCCUCUAGCUUGCUGUCCAUUCUUGCACGAUGUACAUAGGUGUCAUGCAAUAUCAUUGCAAAUGGACCAAACCAAGAUGUAAGGAGACGCUCUAGAAGGGGGCAGGGCCUGCAGAAAGGUAUUGGAUGGCUUGAAUUCUGGGAGUAAUAUUUUGUGGGAUAAGUUGUGUUUUUAGUUGUCCAACGAUCAGCUCCUUCUAGAUGCUUCAGCGUACCCUGCCCUCUCAGUGUCCUGCUGAGAGCAGGCAUGCAGGAGAGAGGGCUGCUGCACUGCUGUGUGUCGUUACGGAUCCGGUGUCGCCUGUCUCUCAUGUAGAACAUGGUUCAAUCCUCCCUUGUACCAUUUCUGUCUUGCAAGCUCUGUUGUAAAAGAGCAAUUUCACAUGAGAAGCUGCAUUCUGCAGGUCGAGCUAACAUGGAGGGUGACUGAGAACAUUCCUUAAACGCUCUAAUAGUCUUGUGUUUCCAGUGACUUAGAUCAUUUCUUCACUCUCAAGGAAAAUCAGAUUCUUUUUAUAAUAUACUGGAGAUCUGAUCCUUGUGUUACAUUUACAUAGGUAACAAAAGCCAAGCUGGCUUACAUAUUACAUGAAAAGUGCUAGUUCUGACACUGUAGUAGAUUGCUGGGAGGCAAAGAUACUUCUGGAAAAUAUUUAGGAAUAGCUUUUCUACUUUAAAAUGGAAGUAGAAUUUCAGCAAGGCCUUGUGUGUCUCUUUUUUUUAAUUAAAAAGUCCAUUGAUAAAAUCAA